AUGGACUGCCGUCUGCGCCGGCUGCACGUGUACCGACCAGCAGACGCUUUCGCCUAGGUGAGGUAGAGUAGACGUAGCGCAUAGACAUGCUGUCGCUUUGUUUGGCUAUUAAAUAUUCAUCGUGAUAAUAAAAACGAUUGUUACGAUCGAUUGGGACCUCGUGUAGUACAUUUCUAAAUUCCUAAAAUGAACUCUGUGAAUCCAGACGAAAACUGACGAUUGGGAAUCUGACUGGAAAUAUUGUUGUUCCUGUUUAGUUAGUGGAUCUUGAAUCAAGACAAAAUGAAUUGUGAAACACUGAAGAAUACAAACGAUUUGACGAUAUUGCUUGCGUAUAAACAAAGGAAGAAGAAUGGUACACUGGACUUGGAUGAGCACUUGAAAGGUCAGGAGACAAAGUGGCGAAAUGAAGUGGAAUAUCAUCUACUGGAACACUGGCUGACAUGUGAUUGCGAAGAGCUUCGAAUUUCAUCUUUAGAGACGCUUGCAAUAUCCAAGAAAAGCACGUUAACUUUCACAGAACAAGAAAUUGGAUUGAUUAAAGCAUCCGUGAAAAACAAUCUUGGAGAAAGAGGAGAAUAUGUUCCAUUGAUUAAAAAGGUCCUCAAGAGGUUGAAUGAUAGUUAUGCAGUACUGAAACGUCAAUUAGAAAAGGAAAUAAAACUUAAAGAAUUGCAAAAAGUUCAUCCAGAUUUAGUGAUUCCAACUGAGGAACUAAAUGCUCAAGCUCUAGCACCAUGUUAUCAAGAAUUCGUAUCUUUUCUGCAUAACAUAUGUUUGGAUAAUAUUUAUCCUGAAGCUGUGAAUGUUCGAAAAAAAGCUAGUUUGCAAAUACUUUCUCUAAUGGAUGAAUUUUUGGGCAAAGAUUUGAAAGAUGGCUUAUGGUCCCAAGAUCAGUUUAGGAAACUAUUUGAGUGCCUUCUUUUAGAUACUUAUGAACUCAACAAAGAGAUGGCAUUCAAAUUGAUAAAAUCAUAUAAUCUUGUAGAAUCUUAUAUGGAUAAGCAGAAACUUGUAGAACUUGUGGAUGUUGCCAUCGAAUUAGGUAACAGCAUUAGACCACUUGACAGUAUUACAGCAGCUUAUAUGUUGAAAAUAAGCAUGUUGUCGUCAAAUAUAGAAGAAAUCCUCUAUAAUAAGAUAAAUCUUGAAAAUAACAGUUGUACACAAGAGAAAGUAGCAUUUUACAUGGUAACUCUAUUGAAAGAAAAUCUCGAAAAGCCUGUAAAAUUGGCUGCAGAAAAUAUUGUGAUUGCCUCGAGUAAACAUUCCUUGUAUGGCUAUGUAUUUUGUAUUCACAGUAUUUUAUCUACCAUUAAUUUGAAGUCUAAAGUGAAUGAAGAAUGCUGGAGAAACGUCUUAGCAGAUGUUAUAAAUAUGUGCUUUGACCUGAACAAAGCUGUCUCUCAGAUUGUAAAUAAUUCUUCUCCCGAGGGACAUUUGCCAAUGGAUCUGAAUCCUCGGCACUUGGAUGGUAUGAUAGAGUGCAUGGAUGAAGUUGUGAUAACUCCUCAGAUGGUUUUACUUUGUUCCUGGAGGACAGUAAAAGAAAUUAGUUUAUUAUUUGGUCACUUAACAUCCAAUGCAACGAUAUUCAAUGAAAAAGCAGGAACUGGCUUACUGAGUGAAGCUCAGAUAAAAGAAAUUGGAAAUCAACUUGUAACUCUACUGUGUGAGACCAAACACAGAGGUGCAUUUGAGCAAGCUCAUGUUGGUUUUGGACAACUUUGCAGUCGAUUAUGGCACUUGGACAAAGGUGAAGCUUAUUUGAAAGAAUUACCAAAAAUGUGGCUCCAACAGUUAUUGCUGGCCGUAAUUGGAUUCACAUCUGAAAAUUCCAAGUUAUGUGCCACUAGACGAAGUGCUGGUGUGCCAUUUAUGGUGCAGGCACUAGUUACUUCACAGAUCAAGAAAAAAUGCGACUUACAGGCAUUAGUAUUUCAUUCGGUGAUGAGGAUUUUGUUAAAAUUAGUCAAUGUAGGAAAUGAUUUUGACCUCAACGAGGUUGAAAAUAUUUUAUUUUCUGAAACUUUGUUCAACGGCUAUAGAAAACCUCAGCAUUUUAAUGGUGUGGGAAAAGUGGGAAAAGUAACAUCCAAGUUGAACGAAAUCACAGAAAUCAAAAGUCAUGCCCUGAAUAUUUUAAGAGCAUUGUACAGACACUGCCUUUUGGGAGAUCUGGUAAAGGAUUACAUUGCAGAAGGUUUUAUAGUGGCUUUCAAGUGCUACGAUGGGGAGUCUUGGGCUGAAAGAAAUGCUGCAACACUACUACUGAGCGCUCUUGUUGUUAGAGUUUUUGGAGUUCAGAGGACUAAGGACCAUGUCAAUCUGACUCUACACAAUAGAAUGACAGGGAAGAAGUUUUUUGAAAAGUUUCCAACUUUACUGCCAUUUUUACUGAACGAAUUGGAAAUAUUUAUCAAUGAUCCUGAGAAACAAAUCAAACCUAAGAUUCAGUCUAUUCUUUUAAUAUUAUCGCGUCUGUAUCCAAGCGUUAGUUCUGAGGAUUCUGAUGAAGAAGCCAAGAAAGGCAGGUCCGAUGAAGGCUGGAAAAUUGACGAAUUUAUCGAUCUCGUAUCUAAGUGUGGAAAAAGUAAGGUUUACAAAACUCGUGAAUUGGCUGCCAGAGCUCUAGUACCUUUGUUGACAGAUGACAAUAUACUGUCUAUUGCUAGUAAUCUUAUUGAUUCAAUGACAACUAACGAAAUACCUCUCAACCUGUUGCAUGGAUACUCUUUGCAGCUGCUUGAAAUAGUGCGAUGCCCAGAAUUUCAAAACGUCCAACUGUCAACUGAGCAAAUACGAACAUUUAUAAACUUUUUGACUAAAAAUGUUUUGCACAAUUUAGAAAGUACAAACUGUGGUCCAGCCUGCUUCCCCGUUGCUUCUGUCACUCUCGAAAUCGUCAUACAAUUUUCGUUGAUGGAGAAAUACUGUCGGUUUUACGAACAGGACUGGAUCUUAACUUUGAUUGACAAGGUCCAGCUACAUUUGACUGGCAACAAGAUAUUAAAGAGAAGACCCGAAAUUCAACGCUAUGAGCAUACUGCCAUUAAUUUAAUGGUCAUCGCGAUAAACAAUUUCUAUUACAAGGGUCCUUUGCUCGUGAAUGAAUACAUGGCUGCUCAAUUCUGGGAAAGUGUACUAAAACACACGAAUACGGACGUUCUUACGACAUGUUGGACGAAAUUCAUGAUUAUUAUUAAGAAAACCAGAAGUCCCAUGCUGUACGACUUGGCUUUUAUGACAGCCGUCAGAAGCUUGGAUAAACUUGUGGAGGAUCCAGAUUUGCAGGAUUCAAUCUAUGCCUUCCUAUACAGCGUUGUUCAAAGAAUGCACGAGACUUAUGAUUACAUGCAGUACACUUUCUCGAAAGAAGAAGAGAAGAAGUACAUGUGCAUGCACAUUUUUAAUAAACUUAGUUCGCAGUUGAAAAUGGAAACGUUUUAUCCCAGAGGAGAAUUCUUCAAAUUAUUUGGAAAGACUUUUGGCUUGCUGCUUGAAUAUUACAAGGAUACCGAGAUAUCGACUGAAUCCAAAACGAUAAUCUACGAUGCAUUCUUAAGUCAGUCAAGCAUGGAAUCCAAUUUUGAUUGUAGACUCGGUGUAUCCGAAGUGCUGUUCGAUCUCUAUCUCGAUAUUUCGAAGAAGGACGAUAUUUAUUACAUCCUGAACUGGUGGACGACGGUUUUGAACCUACUCUAUGACGACAACGCCGAAAUCCGGAGAAAUGCAGCUGAAAUGACCUGCCGACUGCUACCAAAAAGUCGAUUAAUGUCCCACGUAAUUAUGACGGAUACGUUCUUCGGGAAAUUCACAUCAAUCGUUGGCCAAAACCUCGAGGCCUUGGUGGCUGCAUUUUUCGUUUGGAGCAUAACGUCAGCGGCCGUCGUAUUAGAGGAAAUGGAUGAAACCGAUGUGUUCAACAAGAGCUGUAACUACGAAACAUUCGAACCAGUGCAAAUCACGAAUUACUGCGUCAAAUAUUUGAAUACAGUCAUCUCGCAAGACAACCUGCCAACUACUCUCUCGAAACCAAUCAAAGCCUGGCUGCAAAAGCAGUUGAACCUCGACUACGAAUUCGACACGCUGAGCGAGCUAAUCGUCAAAUACAAAUCUCAAAUUCCCUCCACGGAAAAGCCACUCAAGAGGAUACUCGACCCCACCUAUCCAGCCAAACUCGUGAAGGAAAUAGCCUACAACGAGCUGAAAAACGUUCUGAUGCGCGAAAAUGGCUUAGCCCCGUCGAAUUAGCUCCACAACCCUUCCGCUCACGGAGAAAUCAACGACUCGAGCAGUGCGACGGCGAAGGCGUUUAAUCAAUCAUUCAGCCGUGCAAUAUUCCCGCACCUUAGCGGCCCGGUAUCUCUCCUUGGCCUUGAAUAAGUCAGAAGUGGCCUCUGGGGGCGUUUAUUGCUUCUGCUUUCUUGAAUAAUGGAGUCGCGCCGUGCUGCGACGGGGGAUUCUUUUUUUUUAGACUUUUUUGUUAUUGUUUUGCUUUUAUAUACCUACGACGGAAACUUUGUACAAAGCGUCUAGACGAAUUGCUUACGUUUGUUGUUCGAAACAAAUUUUUAGAGAUUCGUACGUAGUUCUUAUUUAUUUGUAUACAAGUAGAUAAAAUGACGCGAUCAAAGAUUUAUAGUAUAUACAAUGUAUAUCAGUGAUUUUGUACCGAUUUGAUAACUGUGAAUAUAUACGGAAGGGCGAAAAAUUCAA